AUGUCAACUGAAGAACUUCAAGAUGUCGCUGAGAAUGAGAUCGAGUCCAACUGGGACCAGGUCGUAGACAACUUCGACAACAUGGAGCUGAAGCCUGAGCUCCUCCGAGGAAUUUACGCUUACGGUUUCGAGCGCCCUUCCGCUAUCCAGCAGAGGGCUAUCGUCCCCGUCGUGAAAGGACACGACGUCAUUGCACAGGCCCAGUCUGGUACUGGCAAGACCGCUACCUUCUCCAUUUCUAUCCUUCAGCAGCCUGCUACCACUCAGUUGGAUAUGAACGUCAAGGGCACCCAGGCCCUCAUUCUUGCACCCACCCGUGAGCUAGCUCAGCAAAUCCAAAAGGUCGUCAUCGCUCUCGGUGACUACAUGAACAUUGAGUGCCACGCAUGUGUCGGAGGCACCAACGUUCGUGAGGAUAUGGCCAAGCUCCAGGAGGGCGUUCAAGUCGUUGUCGGAACCCCUGGACGUGUGUAUGACAUGAUCAACCGCAGGGCCCUCAGGACCGACAACAUCAAAAUUUUCUGCCUUGAUGAGGCCGAUGAGAUGUUGUCCCGUGGAUUCAAGGACCAAAUCUACGAAGUCUUCCAGCUGCUUCCUCAGGAUACCCAGGUCGUUCUGCUGUCGGCUACCAUGCCCGCCGAUGUCCUCGAGGUUACCAAAAAAUUCAUGCGAGACCCCGUCAGGAUUCUCGUCAAGCGUGAUGAGCUGACCCUCGAAGGUAUUAAGCAGUUCUACAUUGCUGUCGAGAAAGAGGAGUGGAAACUCGACACCCUCUGCGAUCUCUACGAGACCGUUACCAUCACUCAAGCUGUCAUCUUCUGCAACACCAGGCGGAAGGUCGACUGGCUCACUGAGAAGAUGCACUCCCGUGAGUUCACCGUCUCUGCCAUGCACGGAGACAUGGAGCAGAAACAACGUGAAGUCCUCAUGAAGGAAUUCCGCUCCGGAUCAUCUCGUGUGCUGAUCACAACCGAUCUCCUCGCCCGUGGUAUCGACGUCCAGCAGGUCUCACUCGUUAUCAACUACGACCUGCCCACCAACAGGGAAAACUACAUCCAUCGUAUCGGCCGUGGAGGACGUUUCGGACGCAAGGGUGUUGCCAUUAACUUUGUUACCACCGAUGAUGUUCGCAUGUUGAGAGACAUUGAACAAUUCUACAACACUCAGAUCGACGAGAUGCCUCUCAACGUCGCGUAA